AUGGAAUGCGGUUUUCUUCGUAUUUUCUUUGUCGAGCUACACAUAAACAUCUAUCUAUCUAUCUAUCUAUCUAUCUAUCUAUCUAUCUAUCUAUCUAUCUAUCUAUCAGUGACUUUCUUUCUAUCUAUCUAUAUAUCUAUCUCAGUCACUUCCUAUCUAUCUAUCUAUCUAUCUAUCUAUCUAUCUAUCUCAGUCACUUCCCUAUCUAUCUAUCUAUCUAUCUAUCUAUCUAUCUAUCUGUCAGUGACUUUCUAUCUAUCUAUCUAUCUAUCUAUCUAUCUAUCUAACUAUCUAUCUAUCUAUCUAUCUAUCUAUCUGUCUGCCUGUGUACCUACCUAUCUAUCAGUGACUUCAUAUCUACCUAUCUGUAUCAAUCACUUCCUAUCUAUCUAUCUAUCUAUCUAUCUAUCUAUCUAUCUAUCUAUCUAUCUUUAUCAGUCACUUACUAUCUAUCUAUCUAUCUAUCUAUCUAUCUCACUUAGCAUUUUCCUAGCUAUUUGUGACUUUCUUUCUUGCUAUCUAUCUAUCUAUCUAUCUAUCUAUCUAUCUAUCUAUCUAUCUAUCUAUCUAAUUCUUUUCAGCUCAUCCCUGGAUUCAAUUUCCCAAUUUUUUAUACUUUUCUCUUCAAGCAAUUCGUUCCAGUCAGUUUGUUUCUUCUUUUAUUCAUUACUCCUGUUCUUUACGGCGUUUCAUUUUCAUCAAUUCAUUCUUCAGUUUUUUUCUUCGGUUUAA